CUGGAUGACCUGCGCCGUACAGGCGUCAUUGGAUCCCGCGAUAUUCAGUCCUCCCUGGCGUAUCCCGGCCUCAGCCCCAACUUCCUCAACGAACCGCUGGAUCCCGGCAGUGAUGACGAGCGAGACGAGUACGACGACGGCGGCAGUGAUGGGCGAUCCGCGUCAAGCGGGGGGGCCGGUAAAGGUGGCCGCGGCGGGAGGAACCAGCCGAGGAGUAUGUCGCCGGAUCAGGGCCCUGGCCGUAUGGACCCCCUCCGUUACUCCGCCACCGCCUCGGCACGCGCCGUACUGCUGCACGAGAAGCCCUCUGUGGUUGAGAGAAUGGAAAAGGGUGUGGCGGCAUGUGCCGUACUGCGGGAUAACCGGCGCUUUCGGCUCUUCUCCCUGGGCUCCAUCAGCGGUGGCGGCGGCGGCGGCGGCAGUAGCAGCCACCGUGGCUUAUUAAAUCUGCCUAGUAUGAGUCGCACCGGCAGCUUGGGACGGCAACAACAACAACAACAACCAACACAGCAAUCUCCAUCACAGCAGCUGCCGCCGCCGCCGGGGUCACCGAACGGCAACUGCGGGGCGAGUGGCGCUAACACUCAGCGCACGACGCAAUCUGCCGACUACUGGAUGCGAGUGACGCUGCCGCCCGAGGUGAUUGAGGCCCAGCUGCGCCACCUGGCGGCGGCCACGGAGGCCAACCUCAGGACGUACCACGACAGAGUGGCGGCAGCGCAGGAUGAUUUGCUCCGGACAAACGGUCUCAGUACGGAAGCCCUGGGGGUGGCUUCGGAGGUGGUGGAGCAGUCCCUCAAGAUCAAGUUGGGGCAGAUCAAGGAAGACACCACUGUCAACAACUUCAACUACUCGGCCCUAAGUCGCGAGGCCGUGUUGGCGACCCAGCUGGGCCCUGCGUCCGUACAGCUCCUGACCGCCACCACCCUGCCCCAGUUCAUCCGGGCGGCUCUGGACCACGUACGACAACAUAGCGGGGAGCUCUCGCAACUGAAGUCGUCAUUGCAGCAGCCUGAGGACGGGCGUCGUCGCAGCACGCACCGACGUGCCCGCGCCAAGUCCACCGUCGCCUCCCUCAACCUGCCCGCGGGCGCACUGGCGGGGCCGGGGAUUGGCGGGGGCGGGCGCAUGGACGGAGGCGACAGCGCGAGGACCCUGACCAGCGAGCCAACCAACACAACCGCAAGCGCAACCACCGCCAACGGUGAUGACGCAACCACCGACCCUGACGGCGCAGAGCCUGAAGGCAGUGCCGGCUCCGGCAUUUGGCCGUCGUACGUUUCCGUCAAGCACCGCGCCACGUCAGCGGGAGGGCAGCUCUCCGCCGCCGCGGAUCCCACCGCCGCCUCCGCCGGCGGCCCAGCGGGCUCCUCCGCCUCGGCCUCCGCCUCCGUGUCGGGCGCUGCCGCCACGCGAGUCACUGAGGACGCGGAGGCGGCGCAUUUGGAGCACCUGCGCCGUCACGCCUCCCCAGACUCCGCGGCCAGGGAACCUAGAUGGUCGCCGCCGGCGCCUGUGCUGGCGGGCAAUCUACGUGGUCGUACAGCGGCUCCGCCGCUGGGCAGCGGAGGCCCUGGCGGCGGCGGCGGUGGAGGUCCUUCCCGCCGCGCCGGGACGUUUAUUGACGAAGAGUGGAUGUCCAAAUUCCGAUCCGAGCUACUUGCUGUGGAGUCGAACACCCCCGACCAGCCGCCGGAGGGGCUACUGCCGCUACCUCCGCUGCCUCCAAUCAAUAUGGACGCGGGUACCUAUGUCCGUUGUCGGUUGGAGCGGUUGUGGUCGUUGCUGGAUGUACCUCCUCCGCAGCAGCUGGAUAUCGUACUCACCUUCACGGGGCGGGAUCGGGCGCUGCAGUUCGCCAGGAACCUGGAGAUGUGGGAACAGGCGGCAGUGGCGGUGCUGGGGCGCGAGGCGCAGGUGGAGGCCCUGGUCGCCGCGCAAAGGGAGAUCGAGGCGGGUCGGGCAGACAUGCUGAGUCUCGCCACCGUGUCGACCGCGUGCAUCAGAGUGCUGCAGCAGACUCGCUGGGUGGAGGAACUCUCAGGGCGGCUCCGUGCUGGGUGUGGCUGGGCGCUGUCGUACCACGGCAAGCCGUACCCCGGCUCCGACGCCAUCACCUCGACCCACUUGUUGGCCUUCAUGGAGCAGCUAAGGCAGGUGACGCAAAUCACCGGCUUGAGGCCGUGA